UCAGUAUCAGCGUGGCUGUGGUAUGGCGUCUGUGACAUGUAUGCUGUAUAGCAUCGUAUAUUUCCUUCCUGGAGCAUAUCCAACAGCACGUAUUGUGACAAAUGUAGCUUUGGGUAAACCUACCAUUCAGUCUAGCACGUACCCAGGCAGCAACUCUUCCUAUGCUGUGGACGGAAGAACAGGGGGGAACUUCUUUUCUGACCACUGCAUGCUUACACGAGAUGGCAACGUCUGGUGGAUGGUGGACCUGCUUCAUGUCUACAAUAUAUCAACCGUCAAUGUGUUCAGGAGAACAGACUAUCCGGGUCAUGCAGAGCAAGCUAAGAUAGAGGGCUUUGUUCAGCAUCCUACACUUUGUCCUGCAUCCUCCCCGAAAGUCUGCGUCAACCAGCUCGGCAGUUUCACAGGUCCAUCCAAGAUUGUGGCGUGUAAACAAGAGGUCAUGGCCAGAUAUGUGAGAGUUUCCUCCACUACCUACCUGACCGUGUGUGAGAUACAAGUGUUUGGACAGGGCGUAGGUGGAUGCUUGAGGAAUAAGGUACAAGUGAAAGAAGGCCACAAACUGGAUGACCCCUCUAUCACCAUGCUACGUGGUGAUGCUUCAAGUCGUGUGGAGUGCAGCAUCAACUGUUACAGACUCCACAACUGUCUGUUCUUCAACUACAACAGACUGACUGGAGAAUGUCAGACAGGAAGUGGCCAGGAGACUUCCGCUUCUUCCUCGGCAGCUGACUGGGACUUCUGCACAAUUUGUUAAAGGGUUGUUUGUCCUGUCUCUGGUGGAUACGUUUCAUAAAUAUCAACUGUGUCUAUAUAUAAUAUGUAUGUUUUUGGCCGGAUAGGCCUGUGACAACGGAACUUUCUCAGAUUUGGAACAUCUCUAACUCGACAUCACACGUCUGAAUGUGAAAUCCCAAACACAUAAAUCUGAGUUAUCUAUAUAAUAGUGAUUGUUAUCAUGUUCAAUGAAGUUAUGUAGGACAUAGGUGUUUUAAUAAUAUGCUCAAUAACUUAUGGAAACAUACAGACAUAUAGAAAUUCUUGAUCACUCGAUUGUUCGGUUUGUUUACAGACCGUCGUCGCAUCAAUGAAUCCUUCAGGCAACACUAAGACACUUAUUGUGCAAAUUGUGUGAUUGAGUGGCGGGUGCUACCGGUAGGGCAGGACAUGCGUACGAUCUUCGUGAAAACCUGGUGACAUUUAUGUUUUUCAGUCAUAAUUCCCUUUUACGCUCAAUGGAAUCUUUCCACCUAACAUCGCGACUGGUUAUUUUCUGGACUUUUGUUUUAGUGUGUAUUUAUUAUCUUCUGAUGACUUAAUUGUCGUGUUGUUUUCAAGGUGUUUGCUUCAUGGCAUAAUAAAAAUCUAUUCAUUGAGUC